UUUUCUGCCGCCGCUCAUUGCUUGUCCUCCGACCGUUUGGUGCGACGUUCGGUUUUAUUUUUUUUGCCCGUUAUUUUUUUCCCAACGGUUUUUUUUUCGGCCGCCAUCCGCACACCCGACUCGCCGAAAACAUUUCGUACGUGCACGCGAGACACAGCACAGUCACAUCACCGUUGACAACACGCACCGGCUGUGUCAUUUGUGCCGCACAACGACGAUACGUUCCAGUCGCGUUCACCGCCGUCCCGUUGUAACAACAAAGCACAACCGCCUCAGCGAAAAUGGCCGGUGGUAAAGCGGGUAAAGAUUCCGGUAAAUCCAAGGCGAAAGCAGUAUCCAGGUCCGCCAGAGCAGGCUUACAGUUUCCAGUAGGAAGAAUUCACCGUCAUCUAAAAAAUCGUACUACAAGUCAUGGCCGUGUUGGAGCUACAGCCGCUGUUUACAGUGCUGCCAUCCUAGAAUAUUUGACUGCUGAAGUACUCGAAUUGGCUGGCAAUGCAUCAAAGGAUUUAAAAGUGAAACGUAUCACGCCGCGUCAUUUGCAACUUGCCAUCAGAGGAGACGAAGAAUUAGACACACUCAUUAGAGCUACAAUUGCAGGAGGAGGUGUUAUCCCUCAUAUCCACAAAUCCCUUAUCGGUAAAAAGGGAUCUCAAAAACCACAGUAAAAUUCCACCUGCCAUACAAGACUUUAAUUAAAUGUAAAACAUUUUUUUGUAAUUUGUAAGCUAUGUAAUUUGAUUUUAUUCAUUUACCAUUUGUUCUUUUGCCUUAUUUCAAUAAUAGUUUUAUACCUCGUAUAUUAUAAAAUGAUUCCAUUUGCUACUUUUGUGCGAGUGUUGGAGGUAUACAACUUUUAUGGCAAAGACUAAUUAUAUUAAGACAAAGUAAACUUCGACUUUUUUUUUUUGUAAUAUCAAUUUUUUCACUCAAGUUAUGUCAAUCGAAAUUUGUUUUUGAUUAUGUUUUUAAUCGAAAAUUUCUUCGAUUACGUAAAAUCUAGAAUGUACAAUAUUUCGUUUGUUGUAUUAUUCACUUAAAUGAUUAAAAAAAAAAAUAUAUGCAUUUCUUUUUAUAAUUG